UAGAAACGACAAUAGAUUGAAAUAUAUGUUAAUGAUCUAUUCUGUCUUGGAGUUUCCGUUGGUGUGAUUGUCUUCAAAUUACUAAGGUAUGUUUAAGCAUGCUUAUAUCUGCAAAAGUGAUUGUAAAACUUUUGCAGAUAUAAGAAUUUGUAUAAAAGUAUUUGUAGUACUAAUAAUAGUAUUAAACAUAGUAUUAAUAACUAUUAAUUAGGAUCAGUAACAUCUUUGCUUCUGGUAGAGCCCAGCUCUCUGCCUCUCUGUCUUGUCUCUCUCCUCAGAUUCAAUCCUCUGAAGGCCCUGCAGCCCAAAUGGCGCUUGCAGCAAAUACUGUCCUCUCCUUCUGCACUCCCUCCACUAAUAGGCAUCCACAACCUUUUUUCUGAAGGCCCUACAGAACUCUUUAGAUCUUGGCAUGAUGACACACACCUCAAUGACAAAGGGAACACCAGACACUAGAUUUGAGAGGAGUAUAAAUAAAACAAGGUUCCACCUGCACUCCCUAAGCAGCUUCUAAUCACUGGCAACCAAUCUUGAACACCUGAUUCUAAUUGUAUGGAUUUUAAUGUUUUUUCUGUUUUUUUUUCCAUUUAAAUUGUGAAAAUUACUACAAAAUGUCAGCUUUAUGUGUCAUUUGAUAUGAGUGUAUCAACUUUAUUAAUAGGAACUGUUUCAAAGAGGGAUCAAAUGUUUGCUUGUCCAAACAUGUCGAAAAAGUCAACAAUUUCCAUGGGAUGUACUUAUUUUUUCACAUGACCGUAUGUACACUAUCUCUGUAAUAUUGCUAUUAUUUGAAUGUUUUUUGGUUGGUUGGUUGGUUGUUUAUGGCUGCAUUCACUGCAGUUAAGUCAAUAUGUAGCUUUUCCUUUUUAUCUAACCUCUUUCUUUUUUUAACUGUAUCUUAUUGGUGUCUGGGAAAACGAAUAAAUCCAUGUAACAAGACUGUUUAGAUUAAAACAGGAUAUUGGAUCACAAGCGACCCAACAAUUUACAGGUGUGAGUGUAUGCAGUUACGUGUAGUCUCAUGAGUAAUGGUGUGUUCUUGUAUGUGGGUCAGUUUUGACUAUUGCAGGUUUAUAGAGCUAGACUACAUCCCCAUGGAGGCAGGCAUUAUGGUCUCUAUGAGGCAGAGCCGAGGAUUUUUGACCCCCAAGUCUCCGGAGCGCCACUCUCGGCGGAGUCCAGCGCCUAUCAGUAACCGUGAUCCCUAUGGCAAUGCCUCUCUCAGCAGCAGCAGCAACUCAGGAUCAUGCAAGGGGAGUGACUGCAGCCCCACCCCCAGGCGCCAUAUGAAAUACACAUCCUGCACGGAUAACCAUGGUAUUAAGCCACCUCCUCCUGAGCAGUACCUGACCCCUCUGCAGCAGAAAGAGGUGUGCAUCAGACAUCUGAGGGCACGGCUCAAAGAGACUGUUGAACGACUUCAGGACAGAGACACAGAGAUAGAUGAGUUGCGGACUCAAUUGUCCCGGAUGCAGGAGGACUGGAUUGAGGAGGAGUGCCAUCGUGUUGAGGCCCAACUGGCCUUGAAGGAGGCACGGCGGGAGAUCCAGCAGCUGAAGCAGGUCAUUGAUGUUGUACGCUCCAGCCUGGGUGAGGCAGACUCUGGUGUGCAGAAGUGCUUCCAAGACAUCAAUGUCCAGAACCACAAGUUGGAGACUCUGCUGCAGAGCAUGGAGCUGGCACAAGCCGGAGUGGCAAAAGUUGCAGAGGCCCCAGCUGGGGGUGGGGCGGUGGGGGCAGGGCCGUGGGUUGGUGAGGGGUCAGUGGGCUCUUGUGAAGAUUCACCAGCCCGCUCACUAACACACAGCUCUACCUACACCAAACUGAGUGAACUGGCACCAGCCGAACGCAAUGAAAGUGGCAGUGGCUCAGAUAUGGCGUGCUGUCUGUCAGCGGAGGGUACUCAGGACAGUGGUUUUGUAUGCUGUGGGGAGAUGGAAGGGAGUGGAGCCACAAGGGCUGAGCUGCUGCUGGAGGCUGCUUGCCUAUCAGAGGAAACAGCAUCACUGCUGAGCACUUGCUCACGCCUGCCACACUCAGCUACCUAUGAGGCACAAUGCUGUGGAGAGACAAGGAUGUUACCAUUGCACUGCAGCCUUGGUAGACCUGCCGGAGGAGAGGCAGCCAUGAGUAUCAGCCACCCCUGCCUGUCGCAUCACCACCUGUACCUUCACCACCUACGAGAACAGGCAAUUCAGACAGAAUAUGACUCUGGACCAGCCUCAGCCCCUGUCCGUGGAGCUGCUUUUGGCUCUGACUUGGACACUAUUGCUGAGGUUCGCACUUUCCGCUCUCAGGCCUGCAGCCCCACCUCUACUUGGCUGUCAGAUGAGGGUGACGCUCUAGACUCAGUCACUACAGAGUCUGUCAUCAUGGCCACAGCUGGGGAGAAAGCCAUUUUCACAGAGACUGUCUCCACCGAGUCAGCCCUGGCGCUAGGUGCCGCUGAGUCUGCUGUGACAAUGGCUGUUGUUGAUGAUUAUUUUGCUGUGUUGCCCACUGCAACAGCAAUGCCAGAGACUGAUUCUGCACCAAAUCCAUCUACUCAAGAUCCACCCCCAAGCCCUGAUUCUGCCUCCUGCCCUGUGCCAGUGACACCACUGGUGGAGGAGAAUGGAGAGCCCACCCCACAAACCACCCAGCCACAGUGUGUAGGCUCACAGGCCAACAUCAAUGGGGUCACUGUUGUAGAGGUAGAUGAGGAUAGUGAAGAAGACAAAGACGAAGGGGCAGCCAGCGCAACAGGCUCUGGCUGUGGUAUGCCUGUAAAGAGCUACUGGAGCCGCCAUUUUUUAGUGGAUCUCUUGGCUGUGGCAGUGCCAGUGGUACCCACAGUGGCGUGGCUGUGUCGGGGCCCACGGCGUGGAGGCCAGCCCAUGUACCACAUUGGAUCAUUGCUGCGUGGUUGCUGUACCGUAGCCCUGCACUCUCUGCGCCGAGGGGGAGGUAUGCGCCAUUACCCUGCAGGGGGAGGUGGGGCUGGAGGCAUAAGUAUAUGAGCUCAAACCUUGAGUACCAGAGAGGAUCCUCAAGCUGCUCAUAAUGCUGUUUGCAGAUCAGGCUGGCAGAGACUGUGGGGUGUUAAUGAACAGUUGACAGGUUAGGCAGCAAGAUUAGCACUGCACCUUGAUCAUUCGUUAAAUCCUAAGCAUCACAGCUCUAGUCCAGAUAUAGAGUGUAGUCCUGAUAUAGGACAGAAGCAAGUGGGAGAGGUGUUUUAAUAAUAAAUCUUCAUUGAAAACAUGCCAGUCCUUUCUGGUUUUAUAAAAUGGUACCAUUUACUUUCAAAACCUCAUCUGUGACCAUGUUAUCCACGAUUUGUUGUCAGGACAAGAAGCUGCUGAUGGUCAUCUGACAAACAUGAACAAGGUUGUUGGUAUUUUCAGAAGUAUAAACAGGGUGAAGAACACAAUGUCUAAUUCUAUGUCUUCCUGUCUCCUGAUCCCGUGUUGUACUCUUCUGGUCGAAUCCAAUAAGAUGGGGGUUUAAAAAAACUAUAUGUGAGUGUUAAUACAUCUGAGUUUGUGUUUGUGUUGUGUUGUUGUGCAGUGUAGCUGAAGCACCUGAACAACUGGAGAUGAUUGAUGCUGCGAUUGUUGUAGGUGCAUGGUUAGUUCUCCCAUUAUAGUACUGCUAAUCUAUUUAAAAGCUUCACAUAGACUACCGGUGUUCAAGGUGGCUUCUCCUGCUAGAACAUGAUUCAUAGGCAAAAAAGUACAUGAAACAUAUUAGCUUUAUUGUGUUAUUCUAAACCAAAAUGAGUGUCUGAAAGACAAAGUACAGAAUUACUAUUAGAGGACUUUUGGGCUUCUAGAUGGGCUACAUUUGCAAAAAUUAAAGCAUUGAAGGAUGCAUGGAGAACAAGCAAUCAUACAAUGUUUAUAGUAAUAAUAAUAAUGAAGUUUAAUUAUGAUGAUCAGAAUUUAAGAACAUGUCUAUAGAUCUGUUUCUGUAUAGGUACAUUUCAUGUUUUUUUGCACUUUGAGAAUUUGUCAAUGUUAAUAGUCCCUGUACUGUAGUUAUGCUGAUAGUGUCUCAUUUUUCAGUGUUUUGUGUUACUCAAGUGUCCCCAUGUACAGUGGGGGAAAUAAGUAUUGGACACAUCAACAUUUUUUUCAGUAAGUAUAUUUCCAAUGAGCCUAUUCACAUGAAAUUUUCACCAGA